AUGGGUACAAAAAAUAUUGCCGCUUUUGGCGGUGAUCCUGACAAUGUUACUGCAUUUGGAUCCUCAGCUGGUGCUGCUUGCAUCCUUGCUCUUAUCUUAACCCCACAUACGGGCGGACUCUUCCAUAACGUUAUCCUCCAAUCUCCACCCAUGUUUAUGUGCAAUCCAAGUGAUUGGUCUCAAUUCAAAGGCUCUAUUUUCUCCCGCUCUCUCGGUUUAGAUACGUCUAACUUACUGGAAGAAAUCCAACAAGUGCCUGUUGAAACUAUUUUAGAUGCCCAAACGUUCAUGACAACUUGGCCAAACUUUCUCGAGGGCCUAGCGCCUAUUGGCCCUAGUCAAGAUAAUCAUAUUUUAAAUUCCACCCUCUUGCAGCAUCUUCUGCAUCAUCCUUUACCAUCAGAACACCAGCAUCUUAAGUUUGUGAUGGGUUACACACGUGAUGAGUUUAAUUUCUUUUUUCCUUUUUUACCUAAUUUCCAAGACAUGGACGAUACCAUGUUUGUGCGCACCUACUUUACACAUGUCUUUGGCAAAAAUGCUCAACAUGCUUAUGAAAUUUAUAAGCAACACAUAGUGCCACCUAUGGUGCCACCCUCUGAAGUCACUCGUCAAAUGUGUUCAGACGUGAUGGCCUGUAUAGCUACUUUACUGACAGCUGAAAAUCUGUCAAAAAAUGGCCAUGCAGUCUGGGUCUAUGAAUGGGAUUAUGAAUCAAAUGAUGCCCAAAACAUAAUCAAGGCAGCACAUAUGGUAGACUCCGUCUUUUCGUGGGACAAUUUAGCCUAUUGGACAGAUAAUCCAUUUUUAGGACCUGGAAAUGAGUUUGAAAGGGAUCGUGUAGCAAAGCAAAUGUCAAGAGCAGUGGUGGCAUUUGCUUGUAACGGUAAUCCUAAUCAUGAAGGUAUAGCGUACUGGCCAACUUAUGAUGAAGAUUCAAAGGCUCUUGUGUUUGACAGAGAAGUAUACGUUCAACCUGAAAUUCAUAAAACAAGUAUAAGAUUAUGGAAGACAGAGCUAAAAGAAUAUGUAACGACACCUCUUUUCCCUGUUAAAAAGCAACAACAACAACAACAAGAAAAUAUAACAAACAGAAACAAAAAGCGGAAAAUAUAA